AUGGCAUCUCAAGACAAAUCCAUAAACACAGACGUCCCUGAAAAAGAUGUUUUUGCCCUCCACUUCCUCCAAUCCCUCUCAAAUCUCAAAACACAAAACCCUUCUAAUUCUCCUGACAAAACAAACGAUCGCGUGAAGAAGAUCAAGAUGGCUGCGUACGUUUCCAUGGCACGAGCAGCCGGAGGGAGGCGGCUGUGGAGUAGAGCCCUCUUGCGCCGAGCCGCCAGUGAAAACAACAAGAUCGUAAGAUUUCCAAGGAGGAAGAGGAGGGUGACGUGGCUGAGUAGGAGGAGGUGUAACCGGAGAGCUCCGGUGGAGGAAAAGGCGGCGGAUAGGCUGAGGGAUCUUGUUCCGGGAGGCGGAGAAAUGGAGACUUCAAAGCUGAUGAAAGAGACGGCUCAUUACAUCAAGUGCCUUAGUAUGCAGGUCAAGGUCAUGCAGUGUCUCGUUGAUGGCUUAUCUCCGAAAUGA